UAGUGCCCUCGCCGGAAAAGGUAAGAUUCCGAUCGAUUCCCAACCUGCGUCGCCGGAAAAAAAAUGUCUACGAGCACGAGCAACACCUGGUUACUCACUCUAAAGGUUGCGCUGAUAUCCACUGGUGUGGUCUCCAUUGCCGUGGGGCUGAAACUCUCAGCUCCAGUGGUCACCGACGCCGUCACCUCCCAUGUCCCUUCUCUCUGGAGCUCCGCCGUCUCCUGGCUCAGACCUCCGUAUCUCUACAUAAUCAUCAACUGUAUCAUCAUCAGCAUCGUCGCCUCCUCCAAGCUCCACCCCAAACCCGAAGAUUCGACGCCGGUGACGGAGCCGGAGCUGGUGAGGGUCUCUCCCGUGACGACAGCAAAGAUAUCCGCACAAAUUAGUCCUGACUACACAGCGUACGAUGGCAUCGUUCCGAGCGAGUCCGAUUACGAUGAGAAUGUUCUGACGAAGGUGUUGGAUUCGUACGGAGGAGUGCUAGUAGAACCAAUGGUUUCGGAGGUGGUGAAGGGGAAGGAGGAGAAUAGCGAAGAUCUGGCGGCGAUUGAAGGCGGAGAUGAGGCCGCCGCGGUAUCGACGCCUGUAAAGACGAGUUUGCAGAGGAAGGACUCUAUGGAGUUCUGGUUGAACGAGAACCAGAAACCGCCGGUUUCCGCUCGUAUCGGUCACAGAAGAUCCGUUAAAGCCGUUAAAGCUAGCCAUGAAGGGGGUAAGUCGUUCGGAGUGUCGAAGCCGAAGCGGAACGACACGCUGGAGAGCACGUGGAAGACGAUAACGGAAGGGCGGUCGGUGCCGUUAGCAAGGCACCUGAAGAAGUCGGACACGUGGGACACUCACGUACAGGGGAUAGACGAGAACACGCCGCCUCCGAAGCCCAAGAUGAACAAGUCGGAGACGUUCCAGGAGCGGAGCAGCGCGAACUCUCCGCCUCCGAACCCGCAGAUGAAAAAGUCGGAGACGUUCCAGGAGCGAAGCAGCGAGAACUCGCCGUCGCUCGCUCGGUCGUCGGGGUCGGGGCGGCUGAGGAAGGAGCCGUCGCUGAGUCAGGACGAGUUGAACCGGCGGGUGGAGGCGUUCAUCAACAAGUUUAACGAGGAAAUGAGGCUGCAGAGGCAGGAGUCGUUGAAUCAGUACCAGAAGAUGGUGAACCGCGGGGCCAAGGCUCCAAUGGCUCAUUAGUUUAGUUAUCUUUUUUUUUAUAUAUAUAUUAUAAUUAUAAACUUAUAGAGUAAUUGGAUUUAACGGAAGACGUGACACAGAAUCGAGCGCAAUAACGUUUUAGGAUUCAUAUAACCAAUCCCACUUAGUGGGAAUAUGCUUUGUUGUUGUUUGUAUUUAUAAUUAUAAAUAAAUAAAAACAUGCAAUGUUGUUCU